AUGGGAAUUAAGUUUGAUGAUGAGAUUCACGGUUUGUGGCUUCUUGGUACAUUACUAGAUUCUUGGGAGGUGUUCACGAUGUCUCUUUGUAACUCCGCAUUGAAUGGUGUGAUUUCGAUGAACUUAGUGAAGAACAUUUUCUUGAAUGAGGAAGUGAGGAAGUCUAGUCCUAGUUUCUCGCGUUCAGAUGUAAUGGUUUAUGAGUCAAGGGGGAGGAGUUCAUAUAGAGAGCCCAGGAAUAACAAGGACAGGAGCAAAUCUAAAAAUUUGCUAACUUGGAGUGCCAUUAUUGUCAUAAGAAAUGGCACAUGA